GCCAGCGGCAGGAGCCGCCGCUGCCGCCGCCGCUGCCGCCGCCGCCGCCGCCUCCUCCUCCUCCUUCUUCUCCCCUUCCCCCUGGCCCUGGCCAUGGCUCGGCGGGUCCUGGGACUGAGGGUCCCGAGGGCGUCCGGCGGUGUCUGCUUCAGCCUCCCUCCGCUGCCGCCGCUGCCGCCGCUGCUGCCGCUGCUGCUGCUGCUGCUGGGGCAGGCGCGGGCUUUUGGGGACGAAGAGGAGAGGCGCUGCGACCCCAUUCGGAUCUCGAUGUGCCAGAACCUGGGGUACAACGUGACCAAGAUGCCCAACUUAGUGGGGCACGAGCUGCAGACCGACGCCGAGCUGCAGCUCACUACCUUUACCCCGCUCAUCCAGUACGGCUGCUCCAGCCAGCUACAGUUCUUCCUUUGUUCUGUGUAUGUGCCAAUGUGCACAGAGAAGAUCAACAUCCCCAUUGGCCCAUGUGGAGGUAUGUGCCUUUCAGUCAAGAGGAGGUGUGAACCUGUUCUGAAGGAAUUUGGAUUCGCCUGGCCAGACAGCCUCAACUGCAGCAAAUUCCCCCCACAGAAUGAUCAUAACCAUAUGUGCAUGGAAGGCCCAGGUGAUGAAGAAGUUCCCCUACCCCAUAAGACACCCAUUCAGCCUGGCGAAGAAUGUCAUACCAUGGGCACGCAUUCGGAUCAAUACAUUUGGGUGAAAAGAAGCCUGAACUGUGUCCUGAAGUGUGGCUAUGAUGCUGGCUUAUACAGCAGGUCAGCCAAGGAGUUCACUGAUAUCUGGAUGGCUAUGUGGGCCAGCCUGUGCUUCAUAUCAACAGCCUUCACAGUGUUAACCUUCCUGAUUGAUUCAUCCAGGUUUUCUUACCCCGAGCGUCCCAUCAUCUUUCUCAGUAUGUGCUACAAUAUUUAUAGCAUUGCUUAUAUUGUAAGGCUGACCGUGGGCAGGGAAAGGAUAUCCUGCGAUUUUGAAGAGGCAGCAGAACCAGUUCUCAUCCAAGAAGGUCUUAAGAACACAGGAUGUGCUAUAAUUUUCUUACUGAUGUACUUCUUUGGGAUGGCCAGCUCCAUCUGGUGGGUUAUUCUGACACUCACUUGGUUCUUGGCAGCAGGUCUUAAAUGGGGUCAUGAGGCCAUUGAAAUGCACAGCUCUUAUUUCCACAUUGCAGCCUGGGCGAUCCCAGCAGUGAAAACCAUUGUCAUCUUGAUCAUGAGACUGGUCGAUGCUGAUGAACUUACAGGCCUGUGCUAUGUUGGAAACCAGAACUUGGAUGCGCUCACAGGUUGUGUUGCGCCACUCUUCACUUACCUGGUAAUUGGAACAUUAUUUAUUGCUGCUGGCUUGGUGGCCUUAUUCAAAAUCCGAUCCAAUCUCCAGAAAGAUGGGACAAAAACGGACAAGCUAGAAAGGCUGAUGGUCAAAAUUGGAGUCUUCUCGGUGUUAUAUACAGUGCCUGCCACGUGUGUGAUUGCUUGCUAUUUCUAUGAGAUCUCCAACUGGACUCUCUUCCUCUAUUCAGCAGAUGAUUCUAACAUGGCAGUCGAGAUGCUGAAAAUCUUUAUGUCUUUGUUGGUGGGGAUUACUUCUGGCAUGUGGAUAUGGUCUGCUAAGACACUCCACACGUGGCAGAAAUGCUCCAACAGACUGGUGAACUCAGGGAAGGUAAAACGAGAGAAAAGGGGAGAUGGUUGGGUAAAGCCCGGGAAAGGAAAUGAAACUGUAGUAUAAACACAGCCAACUUGCAAGCCCCAAAGGGGGAAAUGUUUGCAUUUUGGUAGAAAUGUGCACCCCCCCCAACCGUUUUAUGCAAUAACUCCAUUUGAACAAGGCUCGUAUGUAUGAGUACCCAACACAUGUUAAAAAACAAAGAGCCCCAAACAUGUAACCUUACAGCAUUUCUGCUGCCAGCAGUGGCGUUCUCCCAAAUAGAAAGGCCAAUAGAGGCUUUCAAAGCUGUGAAAAAUGAAAUUGCUGUUCACUUUAGCAGGUUGUAGCCCUGACAUUGUAUACAAACCCUGCAGCUUCAGUGGCAAAGUUGCUGCCCCCUACAUGAUCAGCAGUUAUCAGAGCUAUGUUUUGUAACUUGCAAGGAGAAAGAUUAGCUUUUCAAACCCUUCAAGAUUUCGGAUACUAACUGGGUCUUUCAAAUAGUAACCCAACCAAUAAACACUGGAAAUGUUGAGUUCAGAGAAGUGUUACAAGGGUUUUCUAGUUUGGUUUUCUCAAAGGUGUUUACAGCAUAACUUAAACAUUUUCCAUGGUGCCCAGUUUGCUCCUCAGAGCUGUGCCAAUCAUACCCCCAAUGGUGAUGUAAAAAUAUUUCAUUGUCUUUGUCAUGAAAUAGGAUUGUUUGGACGACGUGUAAAAAGCGCAUAGAGGUCCAGUGGAUUUUUCUUGUAGGUUAAAAAACAAAAUGAAACAAAACAAAAAACCUUAUUUCGGUAUCUCCUUCUGUUCCAGGAUGUUAGUCUUCCACUCCUCUGCACCUCACAUUUUGCAUUAAUGACUUACAUGCAUAUCUUUAUGCUAAUUAAAAAAAUACAGCAUGACCAAGGGGGUAGGGGAAUGGGGAAUUAAGGGUGAUUUCACUUUCUGACAAUCACUUAAUUCAGAGAAAAAUGAGAUUUACCAAGUCUACUUACCUUACACACCCCAGAGACCCAUUGCAAUUGAGCAAUUAAGACUUAAUAUAUUUUACUUUGUGUGAUUGCAUCUCUGCAGACGCCAGUCUGGAAGGACUAAAAUGUUAAGUUUCUUGGCAACUUUGUGUUCACACAGAUUAACUGUGUAAUUUGUGUGUGUCAAUUACAAUUAAAAGCACAUUCUCCGACCAUGACAUAGUCCCCUGCCUGACUUUAAGCUAUGGUCAGCUUGCAUUCUCAGAAUGAUAGCGCAUUUUUAAAAAAAAUGUAAGAAUGUUAUCAAGAGUCUGGUCUCCUCCAUUCAACAAUGGAGACAUUUUCCCUUCUGUAAAGGGAUCUGAAAGGAGCAAAUCCAACUCCUUGGUGCACAAUUGUUUCCUAGUAAUUGGCGAUGGCUCUUGUUGGCUCCCUCAGAGGCAGCAUGGCCUGAAGUAUUUAUAUGGUGCUUAAUGAAUCUCCUGACUUCCAGCAAGGACCUUGUUUGGUUAGCAGGGGACAUAGUGUAAACCAUAUAAACCUGCCUAGCGCUGAGAACUCACAGGUCUUAAUUGCCCCAUUGUUGACUGGCCCCAUGCUUUGGACUGUUUGAAAAUUUGCUUCAAAUUGAAGGAGAGCUCUUUAGCAGCUUCUGGAAAAUAGCAGUACUUUUGAAAAUGUAGCUGUCCCAAGCAUUAACCUGCCUAAGACCUUCUUUAGGCUCCUAGUCUGCAGCAAAUGCAGUGUUUGCCAUUACUGGGCAUACUUUUGAUCCUUUCCAUCCAAUUCAUAACCAGCCUUAGAUGUAGCCCCUACUUAGCAAUGGCAUAUCAUAGGUUCAUUCAUCUUUUUUUUUUAAACAAACUAUGUUCUUUAAGUAGGAAAGCCCUGGCCCCUCUGCUUUAUAUAGAAAUGCAUGUAGAGUCUCAGAACUCCAAAUAAGUGGCCAGAUUUUGGUGAUAAGCUGCUCCUUUUAUUGCUUGCUUCUGUCAAGUAUUGAACACUGUGACUGGUAUGAUCAGUCAGGAUUCUAGGGGGUUGAGAAAGGAUCCCUGACAAGGCUGGUGUGAAUCAGCUUAGCUUAAAUCAGAGACUGUAUUGCAUGUAGAAUGUAAACCUUGAACUCCCUGUUCUGCACGCAGACAUUUCCCAUAAAUUUCCAGGGCCACCAAAUGCUUGCACAGGGGCAGAAUCUGCCCUUACUCACGCUCUACUCCAGUGCCUAGGGAGUUGUGCAUCAAAUCUGGCCCAGGGAAAGGAGGAAGAACUACUCAGGAGGGAGAAUGACUUAACUGAGGCUUAAUAUGGAUGCCUGGCUGUUAAUAGUUCUGGAUUUUAUAACUCUUUUAAUCCUAACAUUUCAGUGAUCUUGUGACUUGGGCAGUCUAAUCCAGUAGGAGAGAAUACUUGAGUGGGAAAGUCAGGAGACCAGCUUUCACAUGCUGGAGUGUUGGUCAUUUGCUAGGUGCUGACAUGCCACACUGCUCAUCAAGUCUCUUGCCUUCUACGGUAAAAAUGUCCACAGUCAGUAGUGGUCACCUCUGCUAGCUGAGUUGAGACUCUGACCGUGUAGAUCACCGUGCCAAGUUUUCCUCCUGCUGUCUUUCAAAUGAAUGAUAUAUUUAAGACUGAGAGUGGGCAUUCUUAACCUGUUCUGCAGCACGAACCCAUCCCUCUGGCAGCAGUUAGGGAAAGCCUAUGGACCCCUUUUCAGAAUAAUGAUUUUAAAUACAAAAUGUAAAAGAUACAGGAUUACCGAGGAAACAAAUUAUAUUGCAAUAUAUUAGUAUAUUACAACAAAUUAUAUUGCAAUGCAGUUAUUAAAAAUAUUUUUCUCAAGUAUAUAGGUUCUAGGCUAAGAGUAGGCAGAGGAAUUUGGUGGAAUGAUGUUUGCAUCUGUGUUUUCCACAGUGUAUUAGUUGGCUUUUUGCUGUAGCCAGAGACUCAGCCAGUUUAUAUCUGCUUUGAAGCACCUCUAUCCCAUUUGGCAUUUGAACCCAAAGAAUGCCUACUAUGUAUACAACUCUGUGGACACAAAGGUGCACACAUUCAUUUUUUAUUCUACUGUCAGGGGUUUUCACCAUGGGAUUGCUUAAUUCUGGCCUCGUUUGGGUCUGUUGAACUGCUUUGUCCACUUUACAAAGUGGAGUGGAGUCUCCCUGAAAGCCCAUCCAUGUGUUCCAUAGGCUUUUA